GUUCCGCGCACUUUACGUACUUCUAGUUUACGUACGUGACGUGUAUCCGUUCAGAGAGAUCCACUUCCAACGCGGAGGAAGGGAGACGCUGCAGGAUGCUGACAACAAGAGCCCUUACCCUUAUUGGCAAACGUGCCAUUUCUACAUCUGUCUGCUUACGUGGAGGACAUGGUGUUGCUAAGGUGGAGGACUACACUCUCCCUUCCUACUUCGACAGGCGGGAGAUCCCUCUCCCUGACAUUGCUUAUGUGCAGAGCCUGACUCCUGAGCAGAAGUCCCUGAAGGAGAAGGAGAAAGGCUCCUGGGUUGCACUCUCCAAUGACGAGAAGGUUGCAUUGUAUCGCAUCAGCUUUAAAGAGAGCUUUGCUGAGAUGAACCAGGGUUCAGCAGAGUGGAAGACUGUGGUUGGAGGCAUUAUGUUCUUCAUUGGUUUUACUGGCCUGCUCGUUCUUUGGCAGAGACAUUAUGUAUACGGGCCCGUCCCACACACCUUUGAUCAAGAAUGGAAGGAGAAGGAGCUGCAACGAAUGCUGGACAUGAGAAUGAACCCAGUUGAGGGCCUCUCAUCCAAGUGGGACUACGAGAAUAAGCAGUGGAAAAAGUAAUGGGACCACAGAGCCAUGACACUUGAUUGAGGCAGAGCCAUCUCAAAGAUAUCAGAAUACCUUGAUUCAGAAUUUUGUUUGUUCAUACCUGCAAUCUGUGUAUUUUGGAAGAGCCCUUCCUCCUAAGGUCCACGUGUAUAGCAGAAUAAACCUCGUCAAACCAA